AUGAAGAGGAGAGAGGAUGAAGAGGAGAGAGGGUGCAGACGAGAGAGGAUGCAGAGGAAAGAGGAUAAAGAGGAAAGAGGAUACAGAGGAGAGAGGAUACAGGGGAAAGAGUAUACAGAGGAGAUAUGGUACAGAGGAUGCAGAGGAGAGAGGAUGCAGAGGAGAGAGGAUGCAGAGGAGAGAGGAUACAGAGGAGAGAGGGAUACAGGGGAAAGAGUAUACAGAGUAGAUAUGGUACAGAGGAUACAGAGGAGAGAGGAUACAGGGGAAAGAGUAUAUAGAGGAGAUAUGGUACAGAGGAUGCAGAGGAGAGAGGAUGCAGAGGAGAGAGGAUACAGAGGAGAGAGGAUACAGAGGAGAGAGGAUACAGAGGAGAUAUGA